GAAACAAGAACAUUUCCAACUCUCUAGGAGAAACUCAAUGAACUCCUGAGGUAAAAUCACAGCUCUACUCGACUUAUCUAAAGCAGACCGGUGACCGUAUAUUAUGUUCAGGGUCUGAUAUGCAGUGAUGGAUGUCUACUGCAGUAAUAAUGUUCUUCAGGCCAGAAGAACUGUGGAGCAGCUGAGACUGGAGACAGAGCUACAGAGGAUCAAGAUUUCUGCAGCAGCAGAGCAGUUGGUUCAGUAUUGUCAGGAACACGGGAGAGGUGAUCCACUGCUAACCGGCAUCGCUGCCUCCUCCAACCCAUUCAAAGACAAGAAGACAUGCGUGCUGCUGUGAACGACAUG